AUGUUUGAACCAUCAUGGGUUCGAGCGAUAACCCACAUUGUGGAGAUCACUCUUUGUGUGAUCACAAUUAUAUUCAAUCUCUCACUAAUCGCUCUCAUUCUGACGACAAAAUCGAAAGUACUUCAUGGAUACAAGUACCUUCUCCUUUCGUUUUCUCUUUGUGAGUUAGGCUUUUCGAUUACACAUAUGUUGAUGGAACCGAUCUUGCUGGUGAUCGGCAAUUGGGUGGUGUUUUUUGGCUAUGGUGCUCUCGGAGCUCAUCCUGCUGGACCAACCCUUCUCUUUUUAUGGAUCUCAUUUUUGUCACAAAUCGUUCUUUGCCUUAUGCUGCAUUUCAUCUAUCGAUAUGUGAUGGUUGUUAGAACCGAGUGGUCAUUUCUCUUCAAAUCGUGGCAUCUCAUCCUGUUGCUUUUCCUUUUGUAUGCCGGCUUUGCCACUGCACUUUUCAUCGUUCCUGUCAUCUACUCAAAGCCCAGCAAGGAUUUCAAUCCACAAAUCGUUGAGCGAUUCGCGUCGAUGGGUCUCUCACCAGAUGAUGUGGCUGUUUUAAAAGCUCCUAUUAGUAAAGAACUCUCUGAUGGCACUCGGGAAUACAACACUUUUUUCAUGGCCGUAGUCACAGCUGCUUUAGGAGUCAAUCUAGCUGCGAUUGCAACAAUUCUAUUUUGUGGACGAGGGAUUCAUCACUUUUUAGGGAAAGCGGCUAUCUCAGAGAGAACUCGUCGCCAACAGCACCAACUCUUCCAUGCACUUAUUGUACAGACAGCUGUCCCAAUGAUUUGUAUCUUUAUCCCAGCCACCGUUUUUGCCCUGGGAACUGUUUUUGAGAUUGAUGUUGGCGUUGCGUAUUUCCCAGUGUUCACUCUAUUUGUAAUCUUUCCGGUCUUGGACCCGUUGGUGAUUGCGUACUUCAUCGCUGAUUAUCGGAGAUCGUUGAAAGCCCAUCUCGCGAGAGCGACACGAAUCUUCGAAUACGAGCACUCAGUGACAUCACUUCACGAGGAGCCACUCACCGAUCCAGAGAAACAGAGCUCACCCGUCGCCUUG